AUGUCACUCAGCCUAAAUUCUGAGACUCAGCUCGCCUCGCAUUGCUUGCAAUUGCCUCCAGAGCUGCUGUGGAAGAUUUUCGAGCAGUAUCAACGAGAUCUAAUAUUUGAAGAUGGCUCCAGCUACUACUCUAGCUGGAUGGUGGUAACCCAUGUGUGUCGAACCUGGAGAGAAGCGGCGAUCAAUUGCCCGGGCCUAUGGAGAUACAUCGUUGACGGUAGCCCCACCGACCUGCCAUGGAUUACAGUUCAUUUGAACCGAAUUCACCCAUCGACAACAUUGCAUGUAGAGUGGAUUCGGGAAUAUACCCCCAGUCUGCCAUCACCACUCGUUGAACUCGUUCCCGCAAACCUUCACCGAAUUCGAGAGCUUGAACUGGUGGCAGUUUCAUCACCGGAUGAUCCCAAGCUUCAAGUCCUCUCGUCUGGACACGCCCCUCUACUCCACCUGCUUUUGAUCUCCUGCUACCAAGGCUGCACCCUUCCGCUAGACUUACUCGACAAUGGAACCCCGCGGCUUCAGACGCUAGCCCUGCACAACUGUCUCCCCUUCCCAACAUCCAAGCUAUUCGAGAACCUCACUGUCUUUCACCUGCUCUGCGAUGCAACCAACACUGACUUCAAUAUCCAAGACUACUUUGAAAAGAUGCCAAAGCUCGUCGAUUUUAGGAUCGACGGCGCAAAGGUCCACAGAAACUCCAACGGCGACGUGACGGUUCUGCCGUCGCUCAAGGUUUUGGAGUUCGAAGGCGAUUGGAGAUCUUGUCAAGCGCUGCUGGACAGCGUCGCGAUCCAUCGCUCGUCUCGGGUUAACCUUGUUCUCACAGCACCGGUGCCUCACUUAUCAACCCUACCCAGCCUCUCACCUCGAUGGAUAUCCCCUCCCUCCCCGCACCACCUCCCUUCCUUCGCUCAAGGCGGGCUGCAAAGCCUGAGCUUCGAACCAACCAAAGACAUGUUGAGAACACAAAUGUGGCACGAAGUCGUUCAUUUUGGAGGAGAAAGGAUUGAUAUCCCUACUCCCAGUCUGUCCUUCGGUGUGGGUGUUCUCGCAGGCUGGUGUACACCCGAUCUCGCGGAACCCUCCCGGUUCCUGUGCUCCCAACCGCUAGGCGACGUGCGCUCCAUGAAGCUCGACUGGCUUUGGGGAGUGACGAGCCAAGCGGUGGAACCGCUAGAAGGGGUUCUCAACAACCUGUCCGCGCUACAGGAGCUCACAGACAAUUGUGAUCCUGGGAGCGAACUUGGGACCAGAUGA